UUUUUUUUGUUUUUUUUUUAAAUGUGUGCCGUUCAAUACAUUUAUCGUGAUAAGAUUGCCUGUGGUCGCUGUUUAACUUGUAUGUUCUCGUCGGGUAAAAUAUAUAUUUUUUUCUUUUAUGAAGGUAUGGCAACUGCCCGUCAGUCGCUAGCGUCAGGAUCUCGCAGUCAGCAUGCUCCCAAUCGGCCCCCUGACCCACCUGAGGGGCCCCACCUGGCACAGGCCUCGUGUCCCACUCAUCCGGAGAAUCAGCCCCCCCCUCACUUGCGGCCUUUCUUCUAUGUACAACCCUCCCAGUCCUACAUGCCCUACCAGUGGCCUGUACCUCUACCCUACAACCCAUACUGUGGAUUACCCAGUUUCGGUUAUAAUAUGAUUAUGCCACCAAACCUGUAUGGCUUUCCACCAAACCCAUACAUGGAGGCCCCUGGAUACAUCAUGCCCCAUGCCCAGCUGCACCUGGCUGAUUACAGGCGGAUGCUGAACCCGCAGGUUCCUCCAGCGGUGGCUUAUCAUGCACGCAGGUUCCGGUGUCAGCAUGUCAUGGUCCCGCGGGAGAUGGUCAGCUCGGAGGUGCAGACGGAGCCUCUCCUCCAAGAAACGAGUAACUCCCAACUGUCUUGUAGCUCGGCAUCCUGCUCUGCAGGAACCCACUCCAUGGGAUCUGAUUCCGGCAAGGGAAGUGGAUGCACGAAUGCCUCCUCCUCUCAGGACUCAGAAUCAAGCUCCCAUCCAGGAAAAGCAGAAAGCCUAGAUGUGGAUGCGGACUUGAUAUCCACGCCGCCUCAAGCUUCUGCCACGCCCAAGGGAGCUUACAUGUUCCAGUGGGAUCAGGUGCAGAUGGGUGCUGAAGGUUCCUCAUUGGACUCCAAGACUGUCCCCUCAUCUGAGAGUGUUGCUGAGUCUGUGCAAGAUUCAUCUGGAUUGCUGGUGCAAUGUGAUGACUCCAUUAGCUCUAGCAAGGGCGUCAUCCCUCUAUUCUCCUCCUCCGCCAAUGACAAUACCACCACUGGGCAAGGGGUGACAUGUGACUCUGGAAAAACAGAACAGCAGUGUUUGCCCUCAUACCCGGAUAUCCUGUUGGUUAGUGGAUCCCCUACCAGUGGCACUGACUUGAGACUCAAGGCUGUUCACAAUGGGGGAUGCGAGACUUCAGCUGAGCAGAUGGCAACCAAUAAGGUCACUGAACUUGAGAAGGUAGACGGGGAAGUGGCUGAUCAUGCUAGCACCCUUAAGGAGGCCUGCUUCAAAAUCGUCCGACUGCCCUUUGAGAUGCACUACUUGGAGGAAGUGCAGGAGGUGGAGUCGUCGGUGUGGUCUGUAGAGCCACUGGUCCCCUCUGUGGAGUGGAUGGUCCAGCAUGAGUUCUCGGAAGCUGAGAAGGUGGAGAAGACUGAGGCACCUGAGGGGCUAAACCUCAACCAAACUCCAACAUCUCCUCUGGAAAGCUGUCCAGCCACCCCGCUGUCUCCUUACCUUCCCUCUGCCAGCUGGCUAGCAGACUUCGGUAACGUGUACUAUUACAGCAAGAUGCCCCCGAGCAUGCAAGCACACCUGAGCAACUUCAGCAGUUCCUCAGAGCCUCCAGCGGUGAGAGAGAAGCCCACCCGUGACCUCAGAGGUCACAGCACGGGUGGCAGGACCAAGAAGUGCAUGCAUGUCAGGGGGAUGGAAGGAAAAGGCCACGUCAACCUCAAGAACCUCCUCGGCCAGUCGCUCGAAAAUGUGUCCAGCACUGCCGACAAGGGAGAGAGGAAUUGCCCUCGAUGUCAGGCCAAAGCUGACGUCUCUCUAGGUGUGAACCUGAAAGCUCCCAGCAGGAGCCACAGAGUUACUCAUUUGUCCACUGGUGACCCGAAGUCUCAGGCCCGCAUAUCCUGCAGAUGUUGUGUGGGGAAGGUUCUCAGGAAGGGGCGCAGCCCUAAUCUCUCCUCACAGAACAGAGAGGAGAUGGAGAACAGUGCCCCCUCAGCAAUGCUGCGGCAGCCCGGCAGUGAGGGCAAGCGCAGCGCUGGAACCGGAGGCCUUGCUCCUCUGAGAAGGCACUCCGAGAAAUGCUCAGUAAAGUGUUCAAAGCUUCAGGAGAAGAAUUGUGCCUGCAAGGAGUACAGUGCACCACCGGUCGAUGAAGGAAACUGGUGGAUGCACACUGAUGGGGUGAGACACAAUGAGGAGAACGUGGCUUUGAUGAGCCUUGCCUCGGACAAGUGUGGAACUCCAGAGCAACGGUGUGCUGUGCGGAGACGGCAAGCAGAUUCUUUUGUGGCAGAUACCUCAUGGAGAGGAGCAGCGGUGACGAUGUCUGACAAAGAGAGUGAGAUUGCAGCUAGACGAAGGACCCCAACUAAACAGAAAAAACAAUGCACACAUUCACAAGAGAAACUGCACUUGAGCAAGACCACGGCAUUAAUGACGCACAAAAGUAAGUCUGCUGAGGAUUACUCCAGCACCUUCACCAGGAUCAACACCGGAAGCUACACAUGAUUGUCUUGAAGUUCUUGUAGACGCGCACACACACAAACGAAGACUUUCAGCACCAUUUCUAAACCCACAACCACCUUUUUGUGAAUAAACACUGCUUUGGUCAA